UUUGCGCAGCAUCUGCUGCUCGACUAUGGUGAACGCCCCCUGUGUCUUUUUUUCUCUGACGCUCCCGCAGAUGUUAAAGAUCAGCUCCGCGCGCGGCCGCGGGAGAGCAGGAGGCGCACCUGCAGUGCUGCCGUGUCUCCGCGUGCGCUAAUGUAGCGGAGAACAUGGGCGACCGAAACGAGCGAGGCCCCGCCACGCGCAGGCGGAGGACCACCAUCUCCGGUGAGGCAACGGGGACGAGCGCGAGGCAGGCGAACGGCGGCAAACCGGGCAGCCACGGACAGGGGGAGCAGGACGCAGCGGGGGCAGCGCGCAAACACAGGAGCAGUAAUGACGGCUUUAAGGACCGACUCAGCUGCCAUCGGCUGCAGGAGUCCCUGCUCAGCUCAGAAAGUGGCUACAGUAACUACAGAGGGAUCCUCAACUGGUGUGUGAUCAUGCUGGUUUUGUCCAAUGCACGCCUUUUCCUGGAGAAUCUUAUAAAAUAUGGGAUACUGGUGGAUCCCAUCCAGGUGGUCUCCCUCUUUUUAAAGGACCCAUACAGCUGGCCCGCCGCAUGCCUUAUAAUUGUGUCCAAUGUGUUCAUAAUGGCAGCUCUGUACACGGAGCGGAGGCUGGCUGUGGGCACGAUCUCAGAGGGUACCGGAGCAUUCCUUUAUUGUGUUAAUCUUGGUGCCAUUUUGUGCUUUCCAUCAGCCACGGUACUCAUAGUGAACUCCAUGACCCCAGUGGGUGGCGUCUUUGCACUGGGGGUCUACACUGUUCUCCUGCUGAAGCUCUACUCCUACAAGGAUGUCAAUAAGUGGUGCAGGGAGAUCAGGCAGGCCAAGGCCCGCACCCUGUCCCGCUCCAACUCCUGUCCGUCUGUGCACAGGGCCAAUGGGAAUGCGGUACACAGUCAUGUGACCUACCCCGGCAAUCUCACCCACAGAGAUAUGUACUAUUUCAUUUUUGCCCCAACACUGUGCUACGAGCUAAACUUCCCCCGAUCUCCGCGGAUACGCAAGCGCUUUCUGCUGAGGAGACUUCUUGAGAUGCUGUUUUUGAUGCAGUUACAAGUUGGAUUGAUACAGCAGUGGAUGGUGCCCACUGUUCAGAACUCCAUGAAGCCUUUUCAGAACAUGGAGUUGUCUAGGAUGGUGGAGCGCCUCCUGAAGCUCGCUGUGCCAAAUCACUUGAUAUGGCUCAUCUUUUUCUACUGGUUUUUCCAUUCUUCCAUGAACUUCGUGGCUGAGCUGAUGCAGUUUGGAGACCGAGAGUUUUACAGAGACUGGUGGAACUCAGAAACUGUCCCCUAUUUCUGGGCAAACUGGAACAUCCCGGUUCACAAAUGGUGCCUCCGACACUUUUAUAAGCCCAUGCUGAGGAGAGGUGUAAACAAACUGCCAGCUCAGAUCGCCGUGUUCCUGCUCUCCGCGUUCUUCCAUGAGUACCUUGUGAGUAUUCCUCUGAAGAUGUUCCGUCUGUGGGCGUUCAUGGGAAUGAUGGCACAGGUCCCCCUUGCUUUGUUCGUGGCCCGGUUCUUGAGGGGUAACUACGGUAACGCAGCAGUCUGGAUGUCCUUGAUCAUUGGUCAGCCUAUCGCUGUACUGAUGUAUGUCCAUGACUACUACGUGCUUCAUUAUGGAGGCGUGUCGGAGGCCAGGACAGCUUGAGUUAUGCUGCAUUAAGCAAAAACUGCACGUUAAAGUAAAACCUAUUUUUGAUGGUAAAUUAAAGAAGAUUUUUAUGGAUAUUUUUACCCUUUUAAUAAAAAAAGCAACAACAGUGAUUAUUUCAUUGCUACAGAGAGACCAGUCCUCUUCUAAUGCACUUUACAAGCGCAGACAGUGCAACAUGUGCAACGGUCCCAAAACACUGCCCAGCCAAAGCGACACAGCUUUGCGAUGCCUUUUUUUACAUUUUCCUACUUGAAACUUUCGCACUACUAUGAUCAAUGCAAACAUGUACCGUUUGGACUUUGCCAAAAAAUGUGAUUUUGUGUUGUUUGCCAAAUAUGUGAUUUUUGCAUUUGUGUUAUUGUUGUUCUCAGAAUGCCUUUCGAUUAAGGUUCUUGAUACAUUGUAUGCACUGUGUCAAAUGGUUUGAAGAGGUUCUGUUUUUAUUCAUUUGCUUUUGCUUUUUUUUUUUGCACUUUAUCAAAAACGCAUGCAGUUGCUGAGCUUUAACAAGGUUAAUUUUGGAGAAUGUAAGGUUUAAAUGUAGGUUUAAAGCUUGAUUUAUUUUAUCCAUUAUUAUUUCACAAAAUACAUACAACAUUUAUAAUUCAAGCCUAUAUAUGUUGCAUAUUGAUGAAUGUUUUACCACAAAAAUGCAUUACUGAACCGGCUGAUUAAGCUUCAGAAUUUUGGUUUUUAAUUACUGUGCAUGUAAAGGAUUGUGAGAGUAGUAUCUAAGUGAUGCUGCGCUGUUUUGUCAUUUGUAUUUUCAUGUGCCUGAAACACCAGUCAAAUGACAGUUUUGAUGUUCACUCAGGCCCCGCAGUAUUGGGAUGCUUAGCAACAGUCUUGUUACAGACCAUUCUUAUCUGGACAUAUUAGGAAUCACUUUGGUUUAAAUUUUCCUGCAUUCUAGACUUUUCCACUUAACCCUUUACUGUAUGAAUUAUGAAAAUCAACCUCAAAGCAACUGUUUAAAUUUUCCUAUUAAAAAUGACAUAAUUGGUGGAAAUAUAAAAUAUAUUUUUUUAAAAAAAGAAAAAAAAAGGACAAUGUCAAGGACAAUGAAUUUUGUUGCCAUAUGGCAACAUUGUGGGACAAUGCAACUACAAUCUGCAAUGCAUUAAAAUACAGUACAAUGCCAUAAGGCACAUUCAUCAUCCAGCCAUAUAUGCAAGCGUGUUUUGAGAAUACAGAAAUUAUUAUAAAUAAUAAUACUGAUAAAAGCACCAACUCAAAAAAAAUACUGUUUAAUUAAUAACUUCCAUUGUGUGCAUUUCAGAUUGCAAUUCCAUUGUCGCAUGUUGUUGCCAUAAGGCAACAAUUAUAUUUUGUCAUUUUCUAUAAAAAUCUGAGCAUCUAAACUGUUUUUAUCUGUGAAAAAACUGUAAAGACUGCAAUUUGUUCCUGAGGUAGUGUAUAAAAACAAGUAUACAGACUUUGAGAGCACUUCAGAAGCCAGGCCUCACCGUUUAAUAGACAAAGUCUUUAGUUUACCAAUAAAAAAAAUAAGAUUUUUAUAUUGUUGUCAGAAAAAAAAUGUAAAGAAUGUAACUGUUUCCAUACGGCAAUAUUAUGCAGCAAAGGGUUAAUUCUAUUUUGAUACAGAAUCGGUUUUAUAAGUGUUUAUCUUGCUGAGAGUUGAUUCAAUUUCACCUUGAGUAUUAUAAACACUAUUUUGCCCACAAAAUUAUGAAGAGAUUUGAAAAUGAAAACAUACGCACGCAUACGCCUCUGUAAAUGUAGAUGUGCAACUGAAGAUGCAGUGUUACAUCCCUGUGCACUGAGACCCCCCAUGUGGCAGCUGAUGUUCCAUUUCAAUAAACAGUACACCAAUCAGGUCUAACAUUAA